CAGGUAUUCCGGGCUAGAUUGUGCCUGCGAUCUCGGCGCCUGCCAUCUGCCAUUCUAGAGCUAACGCCUGCUCAGUUCGCACAACGCCUCAGGCCCGUCCUUUGCUGUCAGACACCUUGCUUUCUACUCCAAACGUCGACGUCUGCUUUAUACGGCGUCCAUAAUUCUGCCCAGGACUUUACUGGCCUCAUCCUCGUCACCGGACAUACGACUUCAUGAGCGCACGCGCGGGCAUUCCUCUCCGACGGUGGAAAGGAAAGGGACGGGAGGUGCUGCUCGAGAGCAGGAGCGCUAGCACUACGGAAGGAAAUGGGGGAAAUGACGGCGUGGUCAUGCCCAUGCAGAUGACCGGUGACGGGACCUACAAUGUCGAGUAUACCGUACCAAUAACAGUCGGUAACGGCCAAACCCUCUCAGUACAAGUAGACACCGGCUCGUCCGAUCUUUGGCUAGCUUCGACCUCCUGCUCCUCCUCCGCCUGCUCAUCCACGAAUGGACGGCUAUAUAACCCAGGCCAGGCCCUGCCCACGGGCCAGACAUUUAAUAUAAACUAUCUCAUCGGUAAUGUCUCGGGCCCCAUCGUCUGGGACGAAGUCCAGCUGGGCGGUUACAGCAUAACCAACCAAGCACUAGCCGCCGCAUCCAAAGUCGACGGCGAACCGCUCUCGCAAAAUUUCGACGGCGUCCUCGGCCUCGCGCUGCCCGGCAACUCGAUCAUCCAGGCCGCUAUCAUGCCCACGCUCGGCGACAGCCCCGACGGCGCCGCCUUCUCCUCGAACCUCUUCGGCAUCACACCCGUCUCGCAGGCGCCGCCCGUGCGCUUCCUCUCCCUCUCGCUCGAGCGCCCCGGGUCCGACCGCACGCCGAGCCUGCUGGGCAUCGGGCGCCACCCCAGCCAGGUGGCCCCGGACCCCAGCAAGAUCGCGUACUCGACGCUGCUGGCGAGCUCGAGCGCCGGCGUGCGGUUCUGGGAGACAAGCAUUCGCGCCAUCACGGUGUACGUGGACGGCGGGGCAAAGGCCGUCAGCCUUGGACACUCCCAUACGGGCGCAGUGUACCCGAUCGCCGUUGUCGACUCGGGUGUUCCAUAUAUUAUCACGACUUCGGCAAUAGCUAAUGGUAUUUAUGGCGCAAUCGGAAUUAACCCCGCCGCAAACGGCCAAUAUUACGUGCCCUGCUCGACACCACUUAAUAUGACGAUAAGUCUGGACGGCCAGCCUGAGCUGCCGUUGCACCCGCUCGACUUGACGGCGGUGCCUCUGCAGGACGCGUCCUCGCCGAACUGUAUUGGCCUCAUCCAAGCUGCUGAUGGCGCCCUCGCCAACAUCCCCGGCGACAUGAUUCUCGGAGUGCCGUUCCUCCGCAACGUGUAUACCGUCCUCGCGUACGACGUGCCUGACUCCAACGGUGCCUUUCCGCAAGUCUCCGCGAGCACGACCGCCAACAGCAUUAACCCGCGUCUCGGGCUGCUCUCGCUCACGAACGCUACCACCGCUCUGGAUGAAUUCCAUACUGUGCGCGUGCUGAACCAGCCGCUGUCCAAGACGCCGAAGACAAGUGACACGAAUGGCGUCGCAGGCAAGAAGGGUCUGUCGGUCGGCUUGGACGUCCUGAUCGGACUGCUGUCGUUCUUCGGCCUGUGCGCAGUCCUCUUCGGCUUGCGCUGGGUACUGGCCAAGCGACAAUGGCGCCGUUCUCAUCCGCGCGGCGAAGAAGGUCAGCUGGAUGCGAAGGACAGCGGGUACGCGCUCGCGGCACUGCACCCCAACGGGGACGGGCCGAGCGAGGAGACGCUGAGGACGCUGCGUUACGAGGCGUACAAACGCAACAAACGGAUGCACAGCGAGUACUCGACGGACAGCGCGCUUACCAAGGUCGAUGUGGACGAACGCGAGGAUAGCGGGUACCUGCCUGACCACGAGCUCGGAUUCCGCCCCAGCUUCUACGAUAAAGGCAGGCACGACCCACACGCGAGCAUCGCAACGGAUUGGCGGGACACCCUGGUCGGCGAAGCGGACUCGGCGGGGACGCCCCGCGCGAAGGACGAAUCACCUAGCCCGGAGAUGCAUAGGCGGCACCUGAGCGAUCCGGAAGCGCCCGUAACGGCGCCGCUACUGGCGCAUGCUCGGACGCACUCGCAGACGUCGCAGGGGAGCGAUGUGGGCCAGGCAGGUGAUAGAGUGAGCAUGGCGGGUAUCGGGUCGGCUUCUAGGGGCAGUCGGCAUCUGGAGCAUGGGCUGCGGGAUAGUGUCGGCAGUUUUGGCAGUUUCCAUGAUGUGGACGGGUCGGGUAACCGUGUAUACGCGCCCUCGCCACUACGACCCCAUCCUACACAUGCACCGGACAGACCACGAUCCCCGCUAGAAGACCGAGGUGGAGCUCGACCUGAGUACGAGCCGUGAAAAACUGCUCGCCGUGGUCUCGCGCUUUGAGUUAUAUCGUAUGUCUUUCGUUUCCCCUAUGCUGCUGCUUCGCUAUCGUAUAUCUCGGACUAUCUUGCGUUUUCCUGUGGAUCAUACCUUAUACCUGCUGCACGGACUCCACCUCUGCUGACUGUCGAAUCAUUGUAUUGUACUUGUGUAUUACCUACGCGGCCAUAAAGGCUCUCGACUCAUAAUAUGGAGUAAACGGUGAUUACCCCUUC